GCUGGUGAACACAGUACUCUCAUUCUACGAGGAGAAGCAAGCCAAGGCGAAGCUUGCUCGAUUGAAAGGACACACUUCUGCAUAAUUUCAGGACUUCCAUGUCUCAGAAAUUCACAGAGCUCGCUGGUUUGUACGCGGAGCAAAGUUCUGCGCGCGCAACAGGCUUGCUCACUUUGCCAAUCACCCGGCUUCGAUCGCGCGGCUACUCACUCUACCCGCUUGUCCUUGUCGAAAUGCCGACCAAUCGCAGGUUGCCUGGAGAUCACGCCCCGUAUUAACCGGAGGAGUAAAUUGUACGAACAACUCAUAGGCGGGAUGUGGAGAUGGCUUAAAGCCAAGCAUUUGA